AUGGUCGACGUAAAUGAGAGGUUCGCAACGAGACUCCAGCGCGAGAGUUGGUCUCUUUACACCGUUGGAAUCUUGAUCAUUUCCCUUCGACUGUACGGCCAAGCAAGGAGACUCGGUGGACUGCGAAACUAUCAGGCGGACGACUACCUACAGUUAGUUGCAGUAGGCUUUUACACAGUCUUAGUAGCAACGCUGAACAUCAUAACCGAUAACGGCGGUUCGAAUCUAUUCCUUCCGGAAGACCUACCCACAUUCACCGAGUCCGACGUUCGCAACAGAAUUGAAAACUCCAAAUAUGUCCUCGUCUCGGAGCAGGCGAUGCUGAACGUAAUCUACGUCCUCAAAGCUUGUGUUCUCAUCCUUUACACACGCCUCACCCUCGGACUCGCCGCUAAACGCAUCGUCCGUUUCCUGGCGAUAUACGUCGCCGUCGGGUGGACUGCAUCCCAAAUAGCCAUGUUCGCCUCAUGCCAACCCUUCAAGGGGUACUGGGCAGUCCCACCUCCCGACCCGCAAUGUGCAACAUACGAGCACUACGCUAUUGUGCAGGCCUGCUUCAAUAUCUCCUCCGACGUCUUUAUGAUGAUGGUUCCGUUACCUCUCAUCUUCAAGAUGAGCACCGCAUGGAGGCAGAAAGUGGUGCUUGUCUUCAUUUUUGGACUCGGCAUCUGCAUCAUCAUCGCGGCGAUGCUGACCAAAAUAUAUAAUCUCGAAGACCCAUACAGCCCCAGAUAUAUGUUGUGGUAUAUCCGCGAGGCAAGUGUUGCGGUCUACGUAUCAAACUUGCCUCUCAUCUGGCCGCUACUCAGGGAAUGGUUUCCCUGGCUCAGGGGUCUUAAAACAGCCGGUGUCCUUCCCACACCGCAUCCCGGUCGAGGUAAGCGGGAAAGAGAAAGCAACUUCAAUAGGUCAUCGGCCGCGGGUGAUAGGAGUCAAGUUGCGACUCGCAAUCAGUCAGCUGUCGCGUCCGCGAGAAGGGAUACCUUUGCCGACUUUGGAAACUGGCUUCGGGCUGGGGACCUUGACAUACCGAAGCCACCACGGGUGGUGCUUGCGAGUCCGAGUAGGGAAUGCAUAUUGGAGGAGUUGGAAGAGAAGUCCGCGAGCCCUUCGACUGUGAGAACGGUCGACAGAAAGAGGAGAUCAACCCUCUCAGGGACUCUGGUCGAGGAGGUUCACGACGGAAGUUCCAGUUUGCGGCGGCAGACGAUGGAUUUAGAUCUCGAACGGGGCGAUUUAGUCUGGGAUCAUCAGGAACAUCACAGAAAAAAAUGA